AUGCCAGGAAAAGGACGAACACAAAUUCCACUCAAUGAAGUAAUUGUUUUUCAUGCAGGAUUCUUUGAAUGGUAAAAGUUUACCUGAAAUCUAUACCGAUGUGAAAAUUUAAACGAAUGCAUAUUCUAAACAAAAGUUACAAAAACAAAACUAUAUGUGAAUAGUUUUGUUCUAGAAGAAUGUCGAUGAAACGACGCAGUAUUUUCGAGAUAAACAGGACAGUGCAUUCAUUUGUCUGCAUGUUUCUCGAUGACCCAAGAAAAGUUUUCAUCUAUUCUGGUUACUGAUAAGAACGAAUAAUAAACCAUCGUGCUUUUGAGAGAGCAGGAUGGGGCAGAGAGGGUGGAGUGAGGUUAUUGAUUGAGUAGCGGGGUGCGCGGCGGUGCGGACGGAGAGCCAAGGGGAUGCG